CUUCCUUCGCUGAACUUCGAAGUCAUUUGGAGCCGUGUGGUUUUCUCAACGCUGAAUUUAGCGGUCAUUUUGUGGUUAUCACUCUGUUAAACUCAUCUCAAUAUGCCUAGAAAUCGUUCCAGAAAAGAKUCUUGUCGUUUGUGUGUUGUUUGUUGUGAGGAAAUUGAGUAUUUCGCCAUUGGUCACUGCGACCAUCCCAUUUGCCAUGUUUGCUGUGUACGGAUGAGAGUUCUUGGAAAAGAAAAUUAUUGUGCUGUCUGUCGUAGUGAUCUUGAUAAAGUUGUGCUUAUCAAGAGGCCCGGCAAAUGGUCUUCUAUCCAGGAAGAAUUAGACAAUGGUUAUGUCGACAAGAAGCUAGGCCUAUGCUACACUAGCAAAGAAGUUCGCACCAAGGUUAAGGAACUCUUGCAACACAAGUGUGCCAAAUGCCCWGAUAGAUCCCCUGAGAGUAACUUUGAUCAACUUCGUGAACACAUGAAGAAAGAGCACCUUUUGUUUUACUGCAAUAUUUGCAUYCAGCAUCAUCGCAAGUUCAGUCAUGAGUGGAAGCUYUAUAGCCGUACAGAUCUAGCCACCCAUCGUCGCAUAGGAGACUCUGAUGAUACAUCUCACAAGGGUCAUCCGAUCUGUAGAUUUUGUGAGGAUCGUUUUCUUGAUGAUGAUGAACUUCAUCGCCAUCUUCGUAAAAAUCAUUUUUGGUGUCACAUUUGUGAAAAAGAUGGUAAACAGCUGUACUUCUUAGACUAUCCCAACCUACGAAACCACUUCAAGGACGACCAUUUUCUAUGUGAAGAAGAUAUGUGCAAGUAUGAGCAGUUUACAUCUGUCUUUCGAACAGAAAUUGAUUUCCAAGCCCAUAGAACAUCCAAACACUCCCAAAAAAUGUCCAAGGCUCAGGUUAGGCAAGCAAGACAGCUGGAAGUUGAUCUGGUAUAUAAUCAACAAUCUUCAUCUGUUGGACGGACUAUCACUGGACAAGAUUUUAAUGAAGUGAGGUCUAGUGAACAGAGAUCCAAGCAGCCCAGAAGAAAAGGCAAUAACAAUUCUAGCAGACAAGAUGAUGCUGAUUUGCAGAAAGCAAUUAAAAGUUCCUUGGCAAGUAGUAACAUUAACGGAACUCCUUCUCCUUCAAACACAGAUACAGUAAAAGAAGAAAACAUACAAAUAAAACUGAAUCAGAAAGAUUUCCCAUCRCUCUCAGGAUCUACAGACAACUCUCAAAUAAAACCUGUUGUCAUGAAAAUAUCUGGACGUAAUAUCAAUAGUCUUGAUGACUUUCCAAGUCUUGCGGGUACAAAUAAUACUCAGCCCUCACAUGUACACCCUCCUCCAGGGUUUGGAAAUAUAGUCAAAGAGACUUCAAACUCAUCUAAACCUAAAAAGCCUCCACCUGGCUUUAAAAAACAGUCUCCACCUAUUUCUAAAAAAUCAGAAAAUCCGUAUCCACCUUUAAAAACUGAGAAUGAAACAACAGUUMAAACAAAGGAUGAAUCUAAAUCAAAAAAGAAUACUGAAACUCCAAAAAUGGACAUUCAACYGGUGAACAAAAAUACUUUAUCAAGGAAUCAGGCUUUUAUAGAAAAUGUGAAAAUGCUGUUAGGAAAUGAUAAAGAAAAGUUUGCAGCAUUUAAAACYCUGUCUGGCAAAUUUAGACAAGGAAACUGCUCUGCUCAAGAGUAUUAUGACAAUUGCAUAGCUCUGUUUGAGUCUAAUUUUACUCUUAUUUUUAACGAACUUGUGAGUCUUCUGCCAGACUCUGAUAGGCAAUCAGAACUCUUGGCUGUGCACAAUGAUUCAAAAGCCAUUGCUAAACAUAAUGGCACGACCAUUCAAAGUAAUGGGGUCAAUCGACCACCUGUGCAACCUGCGUGGGGUACUAAACCAGCAAGCCAACCCAAGCAAGUAAAUAAACCAAAGAAAGAGAAUAUGGACCCUACAACAAAGCAUGAACUUGAUUUUCCAUCUCUUCCAAUGGCAGGACCACCUCGAGUGAAAGCAAUCAAUAUUUACAGACCAACCUCUACUCAGCCAAUGAAGAGUGCAUGGGUUAGRGGCAAAUAAGUUUUAUAUACCCUACYUCAUUUUUAUGUARCACCAGUUAUUUGUUUUUAUUAAUCUCUUAUCUUGACGAUGGACUUUUCUGGAUAUGUUUUGUUAAUAUUAAUGAGCUUGAAAUUGUCACAAUAAAGUGCAUGUAUACAACUGA